AUGUCUGACGACGGCCUUGAUCUCGAUGCUGAGCUGCUCGCCCUCGCUGGCGAUGAGGUGGGCAGCGAUCAGGAGAUGGAUGACACGAGGCAGAGCCCGCGUACCAGCCGCUCGCCGACUCCACGGUCUUCACCUCAACCCUCCGACCGUCAGAGCUCGCCCGAGGCGUCGCCUCCGCGUCGCAAGGUGAAAUCGCGCAAGGCUGGCGGUCGCCGUAGGAAGGAUGACUCUGAGGAAGAAGGUGAAGCUUCCUCUGCUCCCGGCUCCCCCGAUUCUCUGGGCUCUGGCGCCAUGGAAGAGUCUGAUUCCGAUGCCGCCGUUGACGGUUUGAACGAGGAUAGCAACCCGUACCCAGUCGAGGGCAAGUUCACUUCAUGGGAGGACAAGAAUCGCAUCAUGGGCUUGUCGGAAAUCGAGCGCGAGUCCAUCCUGGCCGAGCGUGCUCAAGAGAUUGAACGUCGGGGCCAGGAUCUCAACCUUAAGCGCCUGAUGCAAGUCCGCCAGGCCAAGGAAGAGAAGAAGCGCAAGGCAGGAGCCGCCGACCUGGAUGAUGACGAGCGGAAGAACAGCAGGCCGAAAACCAAGGCCGUGAACGAGUCGUUGGAGAACUACAAGGCCGAGAGAGCGCGGAGGAACGAUCAGCGUAACCGCCGGAACCAUGGCCGCCGCUCUCCGUCUGUUCAAAGCGACAGAAUGCAGUCCGACGCCGAUGCAGAGGGCGAGAGUGAUGUCGAGUGGGAUGCGCGCAGGAAGUCGUCGCCCAAGGAGGAGCCACCUGCUGAGCUCAAGGACUUGGAGCGUGUGAGAGUCGGGCGCAGCAACUUUGCCAAGGUCUGCUUCUAUCCAGGCUUUGAGGACCAUCUCAUUGGCUGUUUCGCUCGCGUCAGCAUCGGCGUGGACAAGAAUACCGGCCAAGGCGUUUACCGAAUGUGCCAAAUCAAGGGCUUCACGGAGGGAUCGCCGUAUUCGAUGCAAGGCUCUAACAACAAGCCUGUGAAGACCGACUUGUAUGUGCUCGUGGCACACGGCAAGGCUGAAAAGGAAUGGCCUUUCGUCAUGUGUUCUGACUCGAAGUUCACUGAGUCUGAGUUUACCAGGUGGAAGAGUGUGUGUGAAAGCGAAGGAGUCAGGAUCCCAACUCAAAGCAAACUUAACAGGAACCUUCAAAGGAUCCACGAGCUGCUGGAUAGACGCUGGAGUGAAGAGGAAAUUGCCGAGAAGCUCAAACGCCAGAACAAGUACGCCCCGGAGAAGGCAAAGGCCGCCUUCGGCACCCCGUCCGAUCGCCACCAGAAGCUCCAGACGCUCAACAAGAGCAUCCGCGUCAACAAUGCCAAUCAGGUCCGCCAAGCUCUCAUCGCCGAACGUACCGCAAAGGCCGCCGCCAAGGAAAAGGCUCGUUUGCGCCGGGCAGAGGAAGAGGCGAAGAGGAAGGCUGCCGAAGAAGACGCAUUGUUCGGCAACCCCAGCGACAUCAGUCGCACCGGAACGCCUUCGGAGCAGCCGAAGAAGCCUAAGCUCGAGCGCAAGGGCAUUCCUACCUUCACCAAGAAGGCCAUGGACGACGAGCUCAUCGGAUCCAUGGACCUCGGCAUCGACGUCGAGAUCUAA